AUGGCACAAUCUCGAGAUGCUUCUGGUUACAUCCGCCUUCACACAGUCUGGCUACAGAGCUACAUUGAUCUAUACAGAUUCUUGGUUCCAGGGAUCCGCGAGUCGGUUUCACGAGAGGUGAUAACUAAUACGCCUGACGAAUAUGUGUCAUAUUGCCAACAAAAUGUCCUUAUUCGAAUUGUCCAGCUUUUCGAUUUUUGGUCUGAGUUCUUCAAGAAUUGCGAGAAUGAGCCAGUAAAAGACAUAUAUUUUGUAGUGUCACUGUACCAGGCUUCUCAGAUUAUUGAUAACCUUCAGCAUCUCCUUCAGCAAAACAACCCUUUUGGGGACAUCAAUGACAUCAGGAAGAAGCUGCAGGCGGCAUUGGAUAUGGUAUAUCCAGAGCUUCGAGGAAGAUUUCCUAGAAUGAAAGAGUGCCUUCGCGAAAUUAAGAGGGUCAUCAAUACAUUGGGACUGGCACAACCGACAAACCCUACUCUUGAUGAGCGAAAUGAGUCUCAGAAGGACAAGUACCACUGA